AACCAACCAACCAACCAACCAACCUAACCGCGCGCUUUUACCUUGCAUCACUACGAUCCCGCGAUGAUCCAAGUUAUGAUCCAACAAUAGAAUCCUCGACAACUAAGCUACGGCUUCAGCUUCAACUCACAGCCACACAAACGAUUCGGGGAAGGGAAUAGUAAGCGACCACCACGAACAACCACCAGCAACAAUCAGAAAACGACAGAAAAGGACCAGAAAAGGACCAGAAAAGGACCAGAAAAGGACCAGAAAAAGACCAAACACCAUCACGAUACCUGCAAAUCACUGCAACCCCCCCAAACCACCCCCGUCCUUCCCUACUUCCAUCAUUGGCGCAAGGCGUUUUCCCAAGGAUCGAUCGACACGAGCUUCCCUUUCAUCAGCUCAAAACAAAAUACCCUCACAUCUUGUUUUAAAACCCGAAUUGUCCAAUACAUCACCCCCCGCUGCUCACCCGCUUCUCACCCCGCCAAAUCUUUGAGUGCGUCUCGUGGCCAUGAAGCGCUGAAACACGUCUGGAACACCACCAACCGCCACUACGUCGCAACUCGACUUACCUUCCCCCAUCAAAAGCUAUAUUAUAUCAUACGCGGCCUCGCUGAUGGCCAUGGAAUCAUAAAAAAAAGGUGUUUAGGUUCAAGAUAUCUCGAAAUAUACCACUCUGUCGAUUUCUACCACGAGACAGACGGGUCGCAUUGAUCACCUCUCACAUUUCUCUUCGCAUCACCUCAAGUCUUACUCAACCCCGAGAAUCUUAUUAUCAAAAAUAUGGCUCCCAGAUACCAGCACUCCCACUCCAUCGACGCCAUCAUCGAGUCCCCCGACGAGGACCUUGCUGGGUCUAGGGGUGCGACGCCGCGGAGCACACAUGCGAUAAGUGAUAAGAAGCGCUCCCCCACAACCACAAAAUCAGCAGCAGCACCACAUUCGAAGGAGAAAUCGAGGAAAUCGCAUCAUCGCUCAUCAUUCAGCAGCAGCAGCAAGCAUGUUUCGAAAAGUAGCAAACCAAAGGCCAAUUUGGCGAAGCGGUACGCGGCGGCGCAUGGUGAGAAGUCGUCGCAGAGUUUAGUACGGCAACAUCCGCGUCAUGCUAGGCGGGAUGCGGAUAGUGACUCUUCUUCGGAGGAAGAGGAGGAGGAGGAGCCAAAGGAUUAUAGGUCGGUGCUGGCUGCUGCGAGGGGACGAUUGACCUCUCCUUCACUGCUGUCGACGAUGACGUCCCUCACUACGGCGACGAAUAAUUCCGGCGGGUCGAGUGGGAGUAACUCUACGAUUACGCAGGCGUCGAUGUUGCGCACUGAGACUGUGCAGGAGGUUACUAUCUCAGGGACUACGGAGGAGGAGGAAGAGGGUCCAUUAUCGCCUGCUGCACCUGACCCACCAAACGUCUUCGCAUACCUCGACGAGGACUCCUCCAGCUCCGACGAGGACGAAGAAGACUCAGACUCAGACUCAGAUUCAGACGCAGACGAGAAUGAGAACGAAGACGCCAUCCAAUACGCCCCGAACGCCCCCUCCCCCUCUCCCCAUCCCACCGGCUCGGAAACCCCAGAUUACGACGCCGACUCGCACUCCGACCCCGACGACUCCGACCACGCCGACGACUCCCACCCUCCCCCCCAACCCACCUGGCUCCACCCCCUCUCCCCCACCUCCUCCGCCGAUAAUGCCAACCCUAUGGCCCCAACCUUCUCCUCGCACCAUCCGCGCACCCCCUCUCUUGGCUCCGCAUCCUCCUUUAUGGCGUCUGAUGCCUCAUCCUUGGUGGAUAUGGAUACUGAUCGGAGUACGAGCCCUGAACACAGUGUUAAGGGGUCGCCGUCGCCGACGCCGCGGUUGCUCUUAUCCCGCCCCCCGCCGGGGACAGGACAGCCGCUUGCUUCGCCGACGGAGGCGAAAUUAGCGGCGCAGAUGAGGGCUGCGCAGAUGAGGCAGGAUUUCCACUCCGGGCCGGGGGGUAACCAUCAACACCCUCGGCAUCAGCAUCGGCACACGCCUACGCCCCUAUCGCUGCAUCCGCACCCUCACCAAGAUACACAAGCGCUCUCCCCGCGCUUACCCCCACCAAGCGGAUACGACGCGCUAGCUACGCACUUGACGACCUCUCCGCCGGUGUAUAGACGGUUCGCGACGCUGAAUCAUAGAUUGCUGUUACACAUGCAGGAUGAGCUCUGCGAGUUGGAAUCCCAUCUCUCCGCCCUCGACGCCGCGGACGCUGCGUCGCGCACUUUAUCACUCCCUCCCACGCCCUCUUCCGCGAUCGCCAGAUCCCCCUGUGGUCGGCGGUCCCACAAGAACGAUGACAGCAGGGAAAGGGGGAUGAAGACACACAUCCCCCCCUCCUCCCGCCGCUCUGCAGCCCAGCACCCCUCGCAAUUAGACCACCACCGCGCGGAUCUGCUGGCGAGGGUGGGGUAUAAGAUGGCGCAGUACAACGCGUCUCUCACCUCCUUCGCGAAGACCUCGCGCCUCCCUGCUGCUGAUAGUGCGGAUGUAGAGGCAUACCGCGCGUUUUUGGCUAGUGCACAGCCAGUUGUGUAUGAAGAGGCUAGAUUCCUAGAGAGGGGAGGGGAUUUGAUAUCUCUUGCCCCUACACCCGCGCCGUCGUCUACAGCAGCCACCGAGACGGUGCAGCGCACCCUCAUCCCCCCGCCUAUAUACCACCACCAACAGCAGCAUCCACACACCCAACGCGCCCUCCUCCUCGCGGCACUCGCAUCAAUCCUGCUCCCCGUGCUUAUGUUCACGGUUGUCCCAAACUUCGUAGGCCGUAUUGCUGUGGCGGUUUUGGUGGCGGGUAUGUUGUGGGGGAUGGUUAGUGCGCAGGGGGGUGGGGUGAGGGGGGUUGUUGGUGGAGGGGGGGUUGGGGAUUGGUUUGGGGGUGGGGGGCGGGGAUAUUGGUUGCUGCUAUUGUUGUUUAGUUUGUUGGGGGAUGGGAAAAGGCGGAAGAGAGAGGAGGGGGAGGAAGGGAGUUUUGGAUGA